AUGGCAUUUUACAAAUUAACGAAACAGUUCGAUGAGAAUCUGCUCCAAGGGCAGGAAUUGACGAUCACCGCAGCCCAUUUCAGAAAUCAAACAAUAGUUCAGAUCCGCCUAGAAGGUCAGAUCGAUUCUACGUAUGAGGUAACAUUGGAAGGUAUAAGUUCCUUGGAACAUAGUCUCACUCGUCCCCUUGCAGGCCGACAAUUUCUAAAUGAAAACCAAGGCGGUGUAGAUGUAGAUGAAGAUAUCGACUCAAGCCACUUUAUAAGGGACAACUUAUCAGAUUACAAGGUUGUUACAAAAUUAGGGGAUCCAGAUGACACACAGUUGACAGUUAUCUCUUCGCAGAUUGCAGAGUUAUACAAUAGCGUAAUUAUACCCAAAUUUCAACCUUCACAUGAGAUGGAUAACAAUGGUAAAUUUCUCAUAUCGAUUAGCAGCAAAAUUUGGAAGGGUGACGGAUCAGCAGCUUUUCAGAAGUUAGUGUUCAUCUUACAAAGUAUUAAAGAGAUGUAUCUAUAA